AUGCCAUCGGAAGAAGGGAAGCAGGACUCCUCGGCUUCACCUCUGGCAACAACUCCCAUUAAGAUUACUGAUCAGGAGGAUCAAUCUGAUGAGCCAAAGUUUACAGAGGAAGAAAUAGUUAUUGGAUGUAAAGUUUAUGUUACAAAAGAUAAUGAAUUACGAUUAGCAGAAAUAUUACAACAACAUAUGAAAAAGGGUAAACGAGUUUAUUAUGUUCAUUAUCAAGAAUUUAAUAAACGUUUGGAUGAAUGGAUAAGUACUGAUAGAAUUAAUUAUAAUCGAGCAUUAAUAUUUCCUGAAGUUAAAACAGAUAAGAAAGAUGAUAAGAAAGAUAAUAAACUGAAGAAGAAAUCAUCUAAACAAAAAUCAAAGAAUGAUAAACUGACACCUAUGCUGCAACAAAAAUCUGAAACUGGAACUCCACAACCUGGAGAUAGUGAAAAUGCUGAAACUCCAGGAGGUGAAGAUGAAAUGGAUUUAGAUAAUUUAAAUGUUCAAGGUUUAAAAAGACCAGGUGAAGAAGUAAAUAGAGAAGAUGAAAUUAAAAAAUUAAGAACAAGUGGUUCUAUGAUUCAAAACCAUUCUGAAGUUUCAAAAGUUCGUAAUUUAUCAUGUAUAAUUCUUGGUGAACAUAUAAUAGAACCAUGGUAUUUUUCAUCAUAUCCUAUUGAAUUAACUGAAGAAGAUGAAAUAUAUAUUUGUGACUUUACAUUAUCAUACUUUGGAUCUAAAAAGCAAUUUGAAAGAUUUAGAUCAAAAUGUUCAAUGAAACAUCCUCCAGGUAAUGAAAUUUAUAGAGAUUCAAAAGUAAGCUUUUGGGAAAUUGAUGGUAGGAAACAAAGAACUUGGUGUCGUAAUUUAUGUUUACUUUCUAAAUUAUUUUUAGAUCAUAAAACUUUAUAUUAUGAUGUGGAUCCAUUUUUAUUUUAUGUAAUGACUAUUAAAUCUGAUCAAGGUCAUCAUGUUGUUGGAUAUUUUUCAAAAGAAAAGGAAAGUGGGGAUGGUUAUAAUGUUGCAUGUAUUCUUACUCUACCUUGUUAUCAAAAAAUGGGAUUUGGUAAAUUAUUAAUUCAAUUUUCUUAUAUGUUAUCUAAUGUUGAAAAUAAAGUUGGAUCUCCUGAAAAGCCAUUAUCAGAUUUAGGAUUAUUAUCUUAUAGAGCCUUUUGGACAGAUACUUUAGUAAAACUUUUAGUUGAAAGAAAUAAUCCUACAUUAUAUAGGAAGAAUAAUCCAUUACCUGAUGAAGAUACAAGUCCUCCACCUACAUCUAAUUCAAGUGAAAUUACUAUUGAAGAAAUUUCUGCUUUAACUUGUAUGACAACUACUGAUAUUUUACAUACAUUAACAACUUUACAAAUAUUAAGAUACUAUAAAGGUCAACAUAUUAUAGUAAUUACAGAUCAAAUCAUGGCCAUAUAUGAAAAAUUAGUUAAGAAAGUUAAAGAAAAGAAAAAACAUGAAUUAGAUCCAAGAAAACUUAAGUGGACUCCACCACUGUUUACUGCUAAUCAAUUACGUUUUGGUUGGUAA